GAGUAAAAACCCAAACAGUUCAACAAUAACAAGGGCUAAAGCCCUUGUUCCAGCAAAGAGAAAAGCCAAAAAAGCUUUACUUCAAGAACAAUCAAAUAAAAAAUACAAAAUUAUAGAUUCUCUUAACAAAGAAGUCAUGGUUAAAGACUUUUCUGGUCUUCAACACACAGAACCUAAACCAAACUUAAGCAUUUUGCUCACAAACACCACUAAAGAUACAAAGAAACAUGAUCAUGUGGAAACACCAUCUAAAAGUCCUGAACCUCCUGUGAACCCAUAUGUACAUGUUCUAACUAACGAACUAAGAAAGCCAAUCUACCUUUUCAACAUUCUCUCCAAGAAGCAAAUUAAAUCCAAGAACAAUAAUGCUCUGAUUAUCAAUAUUUCAAGAAUUCAUUACAAAGUCAUUGCUGCUAAGCAACAUUUUAAAAAAGGCACACACUCUCAUUUAGAAAUUAUUUUUGCAAAUCAAAACCUACUCAAAGAAUAUGCUAAUAAUGGAAUGAUGAUUUUAGGUAAAACCUACUAUGGCUACAUCCCAAUGGAUGCUCGCAAAUCUUUCUUACCGGUCAAAAUUAGAAAUGUGCCACUAGGUGACAAAAACCAAAUCUCCAAUCUUAUUCAAGAGGCUUUUGAAGACAUAGGCAAUAUCUCCUCUAUCAAACCUCUUCUGAAUUACUUAGACUUCAGGAUCAUUAUUAAAGAACCAACAAUAACUGAAGUACAAGAGGAGCUUCUAAAAGAAAACAUUCCUGUUUCAAACUUGGAAGAAAACCCCAAGGAGAAUGCUAAGAACUCAGCUAAUCUUGAUAUAAUGAUGAUGCACACAGAAGAGAGGUAG